CGCUCGCGAUGAGAUGCGCGCGAGUUUCAGUCAAGAAAGCGAUAGCUAUAUAAAACUCUGUUGGAAUGCGUCAAAGCUAGUUCUUGCCUCGUCUUUGCGGAGUUUCAACGUCCAAAAUGCGAAGCCUUACUUUUGUUUUGUUAGCCGCGAUCCUUGGAACCGCUCUCGCAGGUUAGUGCCCUUGUUUUUGCUGACAGCCCGUCAUUCUGAGAUGCAGUGAUGUAUUUUUAGUUAGUCAAGUGUUUUCUGUAGGACUUGUUUUGUGUAAUUUAAGAAUUUGCAUGCAUUACUUAUUGAUUUUUUACGAGUUUUCCAUUAUUAUAAGGCAUGAUUUAAUAGUCAUUACACAUCUUAUCGUGAAACGUAUUGUAGUUUUAUUACUAAUCAUAUUACACACUGGAACAUUUAUUUCAAUUUUACCGGAUAAAACAUUUGCCUUAAUGGUACAUCACGAUAAAAUUACUGAGUAAUAUUGACUAGUAAAUUCGAAGAUUAUCGAAUCUAAAUUCAUGCCUAAAUUAAGCAUUAAGGAUUCGAUAAAGACAAUCAUGACCUAUCGAAUUAUAUUUUUUAUUAUAUUCCGUCAUCAUUGAACAAGUCACGAUUUAAUUGUGAGGAACGAAACUAAACACGAAGAUGAUCUCAACAUUGGUUCCUGUUAUGAAUAAUUCGUUUCUUUUUUUGAUUAUUGCUUAAUUUUUUUGUACAUACGCUUUGUGUCUACAAGUUUGAUUAGUAAUGUUUUAUAGAAUCUUUGUAAUGUUGUUUUGUAUUAUCGCAGAAAUUAUAUGUCUUCUCAUUAGAAUACAAUAAUAUACCUAGUAAUAUUGGGGCUAGCCUGGUGAUAAACCUAAAAACGUUGCAACGGAAUCUCGGAAUAGCCAGGGAUUCAUCUUAACGAGGACUUUAACCCUCAGACUCAGCCCACUGAGUCUCUCGCCGGAUCUUCUCAAUAGUAUAGGGCGCGUUUCCGAUCCGGUGGUAGAUUCUGUACGUAAGCACUGUAAGCACGGCUCUUGCUAGGGUUCGUGUUAGCAACGUCAUCAGGUUUGAACCCCGAGCUCACCUACUAGUUAAGAUUCCGCUGAUAUAGCCUCUCAAGGCAAGGCUCAGCUUAGGCAGGAAAAAAAAACGAGGACAUAAAGCGUAUUUGUUAAAUAUUUUUUUCUAUCAGAAUAACUAUAAUGCAAACGUAGAAAAGACAUGAACCAUAUAAUUCGUAGCGUCGGAAAAUGUCUCUGUUAAAUUGUGUAAGUCAAACCGUUGCCGUAAGGUCACUAACCUUGAAACGAAACGCAUUUCCGUUGCAUACGUGCAACAUCACGAGAUAUGUCGUAACGUUAGAGUGACAGACAGAAUGCCCUAGUGUAAAUUGAGAUGACUAAGAAAGCACAAAUUUCUCAUAUUAGUUAAUAAUUAAAAAUAGUUGAAGGAUAUAAUAAAAUAAAAUGGGGCAAUAUUACGUGCCGCGUUCCUACUACACGAUCGACUCCGAUGGGCAUGAGUCACAACCGGUACCUCUGCGGAGAUUAAGGAGGUCGCUUAACCCUUACCCUUAUUCGUACAACCAGGGAGCAGAAGGAAGUGCUGACGUCAGCGGAGUUGCUUUAACACGUACAAAGGCGAAGGCACGUUCCCGUACUAUAACAAGAAGCCGGGGCAGCGGUGUUGGCGAUUGGGGUGUGCCCGCCGGAGAAUUCGGAGAUAAUCUGAAUGUUCUCAGGCACUGAGACCGCAAAUAUAUAGGUAAAUUAAAUAGCAAAAACAUGGUGACGGCAACAUACUUCCUUCUAUUAAAAUUGUAUGAGCAUUUUCGUUUAUAAACUAUUUUCCAUCAGUUGCAAGCUUACACCAUCCAUUAUAGAUGUGCAUCGAUGUUUUGCAACUGCCGGAAGAUUUAUUUAUUGAAUAAAACUAAUAAUCUAACUUUAGUAAAGUUUUAACGAUCUAAAUCUUUUUUGUGACUUUUCGGAAUAAAAUAAUUUUGGUAUAAA